CACCACCAUCAUUCCACAGUACCAAACAUUCGUCCCAUCCUGCUCCUCCCCUUCCCAGAACACCCCUCGCCAUGGCAGUAGAGAAUGGGAUGCCGGAGGAGGCCAAGGCCGAGAGCGUUAAGGUCAUCAACAAGACCACGGUCUUCCCCGAAAAGAAGCCGGAGAAGGCAACGUGCCUUUUGAACACUUUUGACCUCCCUUAUAUAACGUUCUAUUAUAACCAGAAGCUUAUGUUGUAUAAGGGUGGGGAGUUUGAGGAGAAUGUGGGAAGGCUGAAGGAGGGGCUGGGGAAAGUUUUGGAGUAUUUUUAUCCGCUGGCGGGGAAGCUGAGGCAGGACGAGGAGGGGGUGCUGGUGGUGGACUGUGAGACGCCGGUGGGAGCGGAGGUGGUGGAGGCGGCGGCGGAGGGGGUGGCGGUGGCGGACUUGGCGGAGGGGGAGGCCACUGGGCUGCUGCAGGAGCUGGUGCCGUACACCGGCGUCAUGAACCUCGAGGGGCUCCGACGCCCUCUCCUCGCCGUGCAGUUCACCAAGCUCAAGGACGGCCUGGCCAUCGGCUGCGCCUUCAACCACGCCAUACUGGACGGCAACUCCACCUGGCACUUCAUGUCCUCCUGGGCCGAGCUCUGCCGUGGUGCCCCCUCAAUCUCCAUCGCCCCCCUCCUUGACCGCACCAAGGCCCGCCCCACCCGCGUCCCCCUCUCCCUCCCCGCCUCCCCCCAAGAACACGAGCUCGCCGACCCCAACGGCGCCCCCAAACCCCUCCUCGCCAAGCUCUUCUCCUUCUCCGGCCCCGCCGUCGACCGCAUCAAAACCCGCGCCAACGCCAACCUCCCCCCCGACGCCAAGCCGCUCUCCACCUUCCAGUCCCUCGGCGCCCACGUCUGGAGCGCCGUCUGCCGCGCCCGCACCCUCAAGCCCGACGACCUCACCGUCUUCGCCGUCUUCAUCGACUGCCGCUCCCGCGUCGAACCACCGCUGCCCGACGCCUACUUCGGCAACCUCAUCCAGGCCAUCUUCACCGUCACGGCGUCGGGCCUUCUGUUAGCCAGCCCACCAGAGUUCGGCGCCAGCGCCAUCCAGAAGGUCAUCGACGCCCACGACGCGGGCGCCAUCCGGAAGCGGCUCGAGGAGUACGAAGCCAAGCCCAAGAUGUUCUACUACUCCGAUGCCGGGUUUAACUGCGUGGCCGUGGGGAGCUCGCCGAGAUUCAAGGUCUAUGAUGUGGAUUUCGGAUUCGGGCGGCCGGAGCGCGUGAGGGGUGGAUCCAAUAACAAGUUUGAUGGGAUGGUGUACUUGUACCCCGGGAGGGAGGGGGGCAGGAGCAUAGAUGUUGAGCUUACGUUACAGAAAGAGGCCAUGCAAAACCUGGAGAAGGAUGGGGAGUUUCUCAUGGUUGACGCAGCUUGAUAGGGAAAGUUCCUCAAGCGUUAUGUGCUUUAAAAUUCUAGUAGUAGGUCUCGCUUGAUGAUUUGUUGUCUUCUAUUUUCCUCCAUGUUAGGGGGUAUAUGUCUAUGUAGCUUGUUUAAGGACAUGUUCCUUAGUAGUUAUGUUGAUGUGGGACCUCUUCUUAGAAGUUAUGUAUAUGGACUAGUAGCUAUGAUUUGGGACCACCUAAAUCAUAAUUCCAUUGGACAUGAAUUUGAUUGCACUGUUCCAGUUUGGGGCCUUGGAUUU